CUCGGCAGGCGGGCCGGGUCCGGCGGCGCGAGCGGCGCGCGGCGGGAGCAGACACCGCUCAGCGCCCGCAGCCCGGGGUCCCGCGCGGCCCCGACCCCGCAGCCAGGCAAGAUGUGGCGGCGCUGGGAAGCGGGAUGGGACGAGAAGAGGGAGCUGCAGGAGCUCAACUCCAAGCUGCGGGUCUUCGUGUCCCGCGUGCGGGAGCUGGAGGAGGAGAACCGCUUUCUGGCGCGGGAGCUGGCGGAGCUGCGGGAGCAGGAGCUGCUCGGGCUCCGCGUGCCCGAGCAGGAGCUGGCGUGGCUGCGGGCGCAGCUGGAGGAGCUGAGCCGGGCGAAGCUGGAAGCGGAGCUGGAGCGGGACGGGCUGCGGCGGGAGCUGGAGCAGCUGCGGGCGCUGGGGGCCGAGGUGCUGGCGAUGCGGCGGCGCCUGGAGCCCGAGCUGGCCGGGCAGCGGCAGCUGCUGGAGCGGCUGCGGGGCGAGUGCGUGGCCCUGGAGGAGCUGCUGCUGCAGCUGGAGGCCGAGCACGGGCACCUGGCGGAGCGGCAGCGACGGGAGGCGGUGGAGAUGCGGGAGCUGCGGGUAGACCUGGCGGCCCUGCCGCCCCCCUUGGCCGGGCUGAGCCUGGAGGAGCUGGAAGAGACCUACGAGUCGCUCCUCGGCCAGUACUGCCGGGAAACCCUGCUGCGCUACCAGGAGCAGAUCCGGGUGCUGCAGGAGCAGGAGGCGCAGCGGAGCCGGGAGAACCUGGAGCUGCUGCGGGAGGAGAGCCGGCAGUGCCGGCAGCACCUGGAGAACCUGCACCGCCAGGGCCGGGAGCUCUGCGGGCUGCGGGAGCGGCUGGAGCAGGAGCUGCUGGCCUUGCAGGACCGCCACGGCGCCGAGCUGGAGGAGUACCAGAGGAUAAUCGACGCCCUAGAAGAAGAAAAGCAGUUCCUGACCACGUCCAUCACAGAUUACCUGAAGGACUACCAAGAAUUACUGCAGGUGAAAGCCGGUCUCAUCCUUGAAAUUGAAACCUACAGAGCUUUGUUAGAAGGGGAGAGCAACCAGUGGAUUAUUACAUGGAGAGAUCAGUAUGCAGGGAAAUUGCCUCGAGAUAUUGUAAACACUUCAUAUAACUACACUGAUAUUUACUCUGCUUAUCAAGAAAGAAAUAGAAAUAAAGCUUCACCAGCUACCAGGAUCACUGAGACGAGACACAGAAUGCCACUGACAGAUACAAGCAGUUCUACACGUUAUUCAGUGCAGUCAACACAGGCUGGAUCACAGACAACAGUUAGUGGAAGAACUUUUGGAAGAGAUGUACUUGGUUCAGCAUAUCGCCCUUCAACAACUCUUACAAAGGAUGAAAAGAUUGUAACAGACCACAAAGAAUUCAGAAAAUUUACUCCAGGCUACAGUAGCUGGAAAAACACUGAAAUGCAGCAAAAGACAAUUCCAGAAAGAAAGACAACAGAAGUUACAACUUCAUCCACAGUAUCUGUUUCGAAAGAAGUGGCACAUGCUGAAAGAUCAGACAAGGACCACAAAGCUGACACAAAGCCAGGGAUUUCUGAAAAUAUAAGAACAAAACCAAGCUUCGCUAGAUUUCCAGCUUAUGAGCUGAACACCAAUUUUCGACCAUCUAAAUAUGAAGAAACCAUAACUGAAACUCGGACCACGCUACAAGAAAAAAGAGGAGGCAGCAAACCAACUGAAGAGAAAAGAUCUCUGCUGAAAGAAACAGAUAAGCGAGAGAAACAAACAAAAGAGGAGGAAAAGAAAUCAGACAAGAAACCUCUUACAGAGGAUAGACGUGUUGAUUUUGGAAGGAAGACUGAGCAGAAAACAUAUAUCCGCGAGGAAGUUAUUAACAAGAAGUUAACAGGGGUUGAUAUUUCUAAUGCAAGAAGUUUGAAAAGCGGAUCAGCCAAAAAAGAUACAAAUGUGACCUUGGAAUCAAGAAGCAAAGAAGUCAUUGAGAUACCUAUCAGUAUUGAAACGCCUGCUGCUGACAAGGAAUCUCAGAGUAAUAGAGAAAUAAGGUUACAAUGUUUUAAAACCUCCAGAGGAAGAGAAACAGAUGACCAUGUAACUAAACCCACUGAAUUUCAAAAAGUGAGUAUUUCAGAAGCAGAAUCCAGUCUGAAAGAUGAAAAUCAAAUUAGUGACAGAAGUCAUAAAACAGGUACUCUGUCAACUGAAAAUAUAGCAGAGAAUAUUGUUGCUGACAUUCUGAAAAGCUUUACGCAGUCUUCUAGUUCACAAAUAUCAACAGACACGAAAGUGACCUAUUUUAAUAAGAAAGAACAAACAGAUGAUGGCAGAAUAAAGACUGAGAUCACAGUGGAAUCUCAAGUUCAAGAAAACAUAGAUAUUUCUGACAAAGCUGGCAUGGGAGGUCUAUCAAACCAGGAUGUUAGAAAAGCGGUUCGAGAGGGUGUUGAGGGAGCACUUUCCAAAGAGGAGAUAGAAGAUAUAGUGCAUCAUGGCCUGAAAGGGAGUGAGGGUAGAAAGAACAUGUCUGUUAAUGUUGAGAUUGUAGAGGAGCCACUAGAUUAUGCCAUUGAUGAAAGAACUGAUUUUUCAACACCUUUUGAAGUAGAGGAAGUGGAAGAUUCAUUCCCUGAGAGAGAGAGGCGUUAUGGUGAUGAGGAACAAAAUGUAACAUUCACAUAUGAAGAUGUUAAAAAGAAGAAACAACGCCACGAGAGUUUCACUCAUGUGGAAGAAGUAACCGAGGAAGAUGACUCACCUAUUGAACAAAAAUAUUUUGUAUCUGUUCCUGAUGAACAUCCCAUUAUUAAUGAAAAAGAUGAUGACUCAGUAUAUGGACAAAUUCACAUAGAGGAAGAAUCAACUAUUAAAUAUUCUUGGCAAGAUGAAUUUUUGCAAGGCACGCAAAGUAAGAGACAAGAAGGUGUAAGCUCUCCAGAAGAAACAUAUCAAGUAGUAGGGGAGGAUGCAAGUGCCCAGAUUUUAAAAGAGCAUCCUGAAGCUGAAACAUCCCAUGUUGAAUCUGUUGUUAUUGAAAAAGAAAUUAAAAUUCCCCAUGAAUUUCAGACUUCAAUAAAAGGGCUUUUAUCAAAGGAAACAAAAGACCCUAAACAUCAGCUGAAGGAAGCUUUGGAGCAAUUGGAGGGCAGUCUCCCAGAAAGUGUGAAGGAGGAGCUGUCUGCAUUAACAAAAGAAAAUCAGGCUGACUCUAGUAGCUUAGCAUUUGAUAUCAAAAAAGUUGAUCAAAAGGAGGAGGGUGGCACGGUGACAAUUGUUGCUGAAGUCAAUCUGUCACAGACACUUAAUACUGAUGAAUUCGAUGUAGCUAAGCUUGGUGAUGUAAUUGCAAGUGAGAAGGAGAUGGCAACAUUGCACUCUAUGAGAAAAGAGAGCUUUGAAAGAGUUGUUGAUGGUAGAAACAAUAUAGAAGUAGAUGUUUCUUCCCACAGUGAUGAAUACACUUCUUUGGCUGAUCAAGAAAUCUAUAGCUCAUCCACAGUGAAGAGGAGUGGUGCUACAGGGUAUCACACCACUGAAAAAGUUAUUUAUGACGGUUCAGUUUUGGAAACAGCAGAUUUUGGAGAAGUCUCUCACUCGCCACAGUCAACUGAUGAGACCAGAUCCAUAAGGCAUAUUAAGGUUGGCCCAGCAGAAGUUCAGAGAUUUGAGCAGAUCAUAUAUGAAGGGCCAGGUUCUGAAUCACUGGAGCUCAGUGCUACGGAAGGUCUUGUUCAGACAGAAAGAUCAUCAGAGUUUAGCCGAUCUGUGAAGCAUUUUAAACUAGGUCCUAAAGAAAUCCAGACCACAGAAGAAGUAAUUUAUACAGGCCCUGUAACUACAACUGUAGAAGAGACUGAUUCUGGGAAUCUUUCUCAGAAGUUUUCAACAGACUUCAACAGAUCCACGAGACACAUCACAGUAGGAUCAAGGCAAGUAACUGAAGAAGUCUCUUUUGAAGGGUCUGCUUCGGACUCUCUGGAACUCAAUAGCUCAAGUAACCUUUCUCAGACAGAGGGGUCUGUGGAUGUCAGCAGAUCAAUAAGGCAUUUUAAAUUAGGCCCAAAAGAGAUUAAUACUGAACAAGUUAUCUUUGAAGGACCAAUCUCUGGUAAAGUUGAGGUCAGUGACACUAGAGACUUCUCACAGACAGAAAGUUCCGUCAAACACAUUCAGCUGGGUCCCCAAGAGUUUAUGACAGCUGAAAAAAUCAUCUACCAGGGGCCUGUCUCUCAGCACACAGCAAUCAGUGAACUGGAAGACCAGACUCUUUCAGAAGGCUUUCAGAAGCGUUUUAGAAUAGGUCAAGUGGGAGUUAAAACCACUGAACAAAUCAUAUAUCAGGGCUCCGUUUCUGAAACUCCAGAGCUCAUUAACAAAGGACAUCUUUCAGAGGGUGAAGGAAGCUCAGAUAUUGAUAGAUCUUUCAGGCAUGUUAAAAUAGUUCCUGUAGAAAGUCAUGAGCAAAUAAUCUUUACAAGACCUACUUCUGAAAUGCGGGAAGAUCUUUCACAAACAGAAGAGUCCUCUGAGAGCAGUAGGUCUAUAAAGCAUAUUAAAGUAGGAUCCAAGGAAACAUCUUUUACUUUUCAAAUGGAUGUUUCCAAUAUGGGUGGAAUAUCCACAGACAAAAGUGGAGAACAGCAAGCAACAGUGCUCACAUCCAAUAAGCAAGACCCUUCUGUUAGUCAGUCACAGGUUCUUAUUGAAAGUGACCAGAUCGUAGAAAAUGAAAAUAGAAGAGGAGGCUCUGUUAUCUCCAGUUUUUCUCAAGAUCGUGGUGAAAAGGUAAUGGAAAAGUCAUUUUUUGAUAAAACUGUACAGCUGCAAAGAAUGGUAGACCAAAGGUCAGUUAUUUCUGAUGAAAAGAAAGUCGCUCUUCUCUAUCUGGACCAUGAGGAGGAAGACAAUGAUGAUGAUGAUAAUGAUGGACAGUGGUUCUGAAAGGACUCUUAAUGAAGUCUAUUUAGUAACUUGGUGAUACGUAUUUUGAUUAUCCUUUUUUUUUUUUCUUAGAAAAAAAGGCAUGGGGUACUAUUCAGAUUAUAAAUAAUGGACUGUAAAAUCUUGAAUCUAAGCCUCUACCUAUUCAGCACACUUUUUACUUUAUGGGAGAUGUUGUUUUGGGGCAAAAUCAUGCUAUUGAUGGGUUUUUCCUCAGAGACCUGUGUCAAAUAAUUCAGAUUUUUCCACCCAUAGAGACAGGAAUUUGCUACUGUGGAAUUCAAAGGAUUGUAUUCAUUGUUUGUUUUAUAGCAGGUCAAUUAAUAAGUGUGUGCUUGAAUAGGACUUCUCCUUUUUUACAAAAGAUACUGUAUUGUACUUGGUUACUAGAAUGUUCAGCAAUUCUACUUAAAUCUCAAGCUACUAACCACAAAUAUAUAUAAGACAAAGGACAGUGGUAGGUAGCUGAUCUUCUGUGCACUUAUAUGCAGUACCUAAUGAAAACAUGUUAAAAUGCAGUUAUUAUAGCUUUAAAAGAAAUAAACACAAUUCUGUAGGAUCAAACUAAAGAUAGCAAGAAUUGACAAAAGUUAUAUUUGUAUAGCUAGAAUGCAGUGCAAAAAAGAAAGAGGUAACACUAAAGCAAGAAUUCCUCCCUGUAUUCCUAACGAGAAAUAGUGAUUUUUAUGGUUAGACAGUAGUACAUUUAAUAUCUUUAAAGAAAAAAAACAGAUUUAAAAAAUCGGGUGGAUAGUAUUUCCACUGAAGUAAGGAGAACUCUUUACAGCUUCAGUGGCUGUGUACAUUAGUAACAUCAACUUAUUUUGCAGUAUAUGCUUUGCCUUAAUACUAGGUAUUGCUAAAGGUAAGCGUGACGUGUGCAAUAUGAUUAUAUAAUACCUAGUUUCUUGACACAGUGAAAUUAGCCAGUAAAAACUUGUAAAAAUGGCAUUGAUGACACAUACGAUCAUUGUGUGUCAAGUCAUUUCUAGAUAAUCCUUUGUUUACAAAUGAGACGAUUCCCUUUUCAAUUACUUGCUCUGCAAAGCCAACCUGAGAUUUGGAUUUUCUUUUUCUUCUGUUUUUUUCUUGUUGUAAUAUUUGCCUCAGGCCAAAGUUGGCUUCUACUUAAAUCAUUUGCAAAUAAGCUAAUUUCACUGGGAUUGCACAUCGGUUAAAUGAAGGACAUCAUUUAACUUUGCAAUUAUAACUCAGUGACUUCAAAGUCCAGUUUAGAAGGCAGCACCAAUAACUGUACUUAACCGUGCAGUGUUCUAGCAGAAGCAAAAAUAGCAGCCAAAACAUUUUUGUCACUGGGGUAAGAAGACACAGUACUGGACACGUAUGGGAAAUAAGAUACACAAAUGAGAAGCUGCUAUUCUUACAUGCGCACACACACGCAUCCACUCGCUCACUCUCGCACCCUCUCUGCAGAGCAGAAGCACACUUGGCGACGUUGUGCCAGGCCGGUGGUUGCCAACUCAGUUUUCUUCCCUGUGGUUAUGUAAACGUAGCUUUGUGUGUGCUAAUCAAUAGUUGAAUGUAGUUAAACUAUCUUAGCCUGGCAUGGCUCGUCACUUUUGUGAUUCCUUAAUAUCAAUGGAAGCCAGACUUUUCAAAACUGACUGCUACUUGAUAAGAUGAAUGUAAAUGCAAAGCUGAAGAGAAGCUCCAUGCUGACUGACAUAUCAAGCUGUUUCCAAUGUGGCAUAGUUUAAUUCUUGUGUGCCUUAGUAACGUAAGUUUUAAACUGUACAAAGCUACUAACGUCCCAAAGAUUAACUCACGAGGUUUGUCUGCACUGCAAAAUUUUCCCGUACAUUUUCCUCAUUCCUGUACAAAUGUGAGUACCAGGGUACUCGGGAUUGGAUAGUUUUCUAUCAUGUGCUAUAAAAUCAUUUGUUGAAAUUGGAAGUGUAACCAACAGCUGGAAAAUGAAUUGGAAACAGUUGUGUAGAAGCACUAAAGGCGCGUAUGUUAAGUUUGUUUAUACUGUUCACUGUGUAACAGAUAAUAGUAUUUUUUCAAAAUUAUUCAUAUGUGCUGGAAGAUCUUGUGCUUCCAUUUAUAGAGUGUUAGUAAUUGUAAUACUUCUCAUACCACCGUAUACUUUGUUUCCUUAGCUGACCCUGUGAGUUUCAACGGCAACAUCUUUGUAUUUAGUAAUUCUGUGUAAGUCAGAAUUUUCCAGUGUUAGGUUUUUCAAAGUUUUAUUCUGCACUGAAACUUAAACAUUAUCUGUAAAAGACAUAAGAAUACCUGCAGAAAAUGUAUUUUUAAACCAACAAAAAGGUACUUACAAGGUCAAACCCAUUUUUGAUCCUUGUGGAAUCUUUGACAGAUGUGUGCCUUAGAACAGCUAUACCAAAACUGUUAUGGUUAUGUUCACCUGCUCAGAGGAUUAUAACGUCAGAUGAAGGAAUAAACCAGUGAGGAGCAAGUGAAUCAUAAAAUGUAGAUGGCCUUAACACUGAAGGAGGAAAAGAAAAGGCAGUAUUUUUUCCACUGAGGCAACAACAGCUCUUUAAAAAUUACUUCAGUCAUCACUGUCAGAUGCAGUAGGUUAUGCCAAGAUAUAUUUCUAUUUUGAAUGUCUAGAAGGAAAAAAAAAAUUCUGUGUACUUUCUUUAGUUCUAUUUAAGAUUGGGAUUUUAAUCAACUUGGAAACUUAGUUUAUUGUAGAGAACCAGAAAGGAGCAUUGAUGUGACAUAUACUGAUAUGCACAGUUCCUUUGCAUAAACACUUUCAGGUUGUGAAAACCGAGGUAUCUCAAGUAAAAAAGGUUUAAGUUUUACAAGUGUUAGUGUAAGCAGCCCUUUUUCCAUUUAGCUCUUAUUAACCCGAGAGAUUUUGACAUAAUGAUAGCUUUGGGAUAAUACAAAAUGUCUUUAGGUGCACAGUUGCAUCCUGCAGGUGUAAUGGUUGCAUUUGCAGAACCAGGGCCAUAGGUACACACGAUGCAGCGCAAAUAUAACCUGCUGUCUGAUGUACGAACUCACCCUAUAUGAACACUUUCUGCAUAAGUAUUAUAACCUGUGGCUGAAAGAACUGGUGACAGAACCUCAGUCAGCAUGCAUUUCUGAAGCUUACUCAUAUAAGUUGUGCGUAUCAUUAAAUACAAUACAAUUGCUGCUGAGUUUGGAUUAGACAAAAAAGCUUUUAUAAAAUAUCAUUAGGGUAAUAUAAUAUAGGGUAAAACUAUGUAUUUAUAUGCUGAUAUAGAUCAGAAGUGGGGCACUGUUUUCCAGAUAACGUAAACCACUGGUCUAGAAAGCAAAUAUAGCAUAGAAUAUAAAGAAAGAUGUGAGAGAGACCUAGAAUUCUGUAUUGACUGAUGUUUGUGAAUAGCAGGUGUUUAAAAAGAUGGUAAGAAUGUUGAAACUGGGUUUGUUGAUGUCAGCUGUGUGAAACUUUGCAGGCACCUUCUGUUUUGGUCAUUUGCAAUGAAACUGCAUUUUUGUGGUGGUAUAAGCUUUGUGAUUUUACACUUUUUCACUCUUGAGUAUUAAACAAUCAAAAUCAA